AUGAGCCAGUACCAGCCCAACGCCGCGCCCGGCCGCUCGUUCAUGGAGAAAAUCAACUCCAAGUUCUCCAGUCUCUCCGUGGCCUCGUCGCUGCUCCACUCAGACAAGGACGGCAGCUCGGAGGACGACACCUUGAUCCACAAGGCGCUCGUGAAUUUCUACGAAUCGCGCAACGAGCCCUUCCCGGAAUGGCUCGGCGUCAAGGAGCACGUGCGCAAACGCCGGGGCCGCCACCCGGCGGCCGGUCCCGGCCCGGACCCGCUUGCGCCGGCCACCACUCCAAACUCCCGGUUCCAGCCCGUAAGGGCGUCGUACAAUUCCGUGCAGCAGCCACAAAACAGCGGCACCUCGGCGUUUUCGGCGCCCGCCAGCCGCGAAGCCUCCGUGCCGGACUCCGAGCCCGACGAGCGGCCGUACGCCCGCCGCACCAACUCGCGCUUGCAGCAAAUGUACAAUAAAACACGGCAAAACUCGCUCCCGGGGUCCGGCUACUCGAGCCUGAGCCCGGCGCCCCAGCCUGCGCUGAUCUCCGCGGGGUCCCGCGGCAAUUCCUCGGGCCAGCGGCUUCGGGACAGGGUCAUGCACGGCGGGUCCUAUAGUGGCGAGUCUUCAAGUAGACCCACGUGGGGAAACUAG